GUUGCAGGAACCUGACGCCUGGCCUCUCAUGUCCUGGAAGCCGCGGGUACCCUUUCUGCAUUCCUGGAAGGGAGUCCUGUUCACAUGCUUGCCAACGGUUAGGACCAGGACCAGAAAGAGGAAAGAAAUGAGCCGCCAGACUGCUACAGCAUUACCCACUGGCACCUCAAAGUGUCCACCAUCCCAGAGGGUACCUGCCCUGACUGGCACAACUGCAUCCAACAAUGACUUGGCGAGUCUUUUUGAGUGUCCUGUCUGCUUUGACUAUGUGUUGCCACCCAUUCUUCAGUGUCAGAGUGGCCAUCUUGUUUGUAGCAACUGUCGUCCUAAACUCACAUGUUGUCCGACCUGCCGGGGUCCACUGGGAUCCAUCCGCAACUUGGCUAUGGAGAAAGUGGCCAAUUCAGUACUUUUCCCUUGUAAAUACGCCUCUUCUGGAUGUGAAAUAACUCUCCCGCACACAGAAAAGGCAGAGCACGAGGAGCUCUGUGAGUUCAGGCCUUACUCCUGCCCCUGCCCUGGUGCUUCCUGUAAGUGGCAAGGCUCCUUGGAUGCUGUCAUGCCCCACCUGAUGCAUCAGCACAAGUCCAUUACAACCCUGCAAGGAGAAGAUAUAGUUUUCCUUGCUACAGACAUUAACCUUCCUGGUGCUGUUGACUGGGUGAUGAUGCAGUCUUGUUUUGGCUUUCACUUCAUGUUAGUCUUGGAGAAACAGGAAAAAUACGAUGGUCACCAGCAGUUCUUUGCAAUUGUACAGCUGAUAGGAACACGCAAGCAAGCUGAAAAUUUUGCUUAUCGACUUGAGCUAAAUGGUCAUAGGCGGCGAUUGACUUGGGAAGCGACUCCUCGAUCUAUUCAUGAGGGAAUUGCAACAGCCAUUAUGAAUAGUGACUGCCUAGUGUUUGACACCAGCAUUGCACAGCUUUUUGCAGAAAAUGGCAAUUUAGGCAUCAAUGUAACUAUUUCCAUGUGUUGAAACGGCAAUCAAAUAUUUCUGGCCAGUGUUUAAAAUUUGCAUUUGACUUCACAGAGAAUAAGGCACCCAUCUGCUUGCCAACCUAAAACUCUCCUGGUAGGUAGAAGCUAGACACAUGAAGGUAAAUAAAAAGAAAGGCUGUUAAUACAGGAAACAGUUGCAUGUAGUAACACUAAUAUAUUUAAAAAUAAUUCAACAGUAAACCACUGAAAAAUAUAUAUACCCAAGAUGGGCAUCUUUUGUAUUAAGAAAAAAGAAAGGAAGCAUUGUAAAAUAUUUCUGAACUUCGUGUUUGUUGUAGAUUGAUUGUAUUGUUGACAACAAUUUUUUGGGGAUGUGUGUCUGUGCACACAUGGGUGCACGAGUGUGGUUGGUUUUCCUUUAACUGACAAGCCAUCUGCGUGGUCAUGGACCACUGCUUUCCCCUUGUGAGUAAUACAUAGUGCUGCUGUGUGUUUUGUUUUGUUUUCUUUUCUUUUUUUGUGUGUGUAUUUGCUAAUUUUUAUUCUAGUUUUUCAUUAAAUAAAUUUGACUUUCUUUUCUGUAAUUCAGGUUUUUCUCACUUUUGUACCUUUAAGUUAGUGUCUUUUUGAUAUUCAUAAUUGCUUAUGUCAAAAGUUUGUGUUCAGUACAUACUUUCUUUUCCUUCAAUCAGUUUAUUAGAACUAUUUUUAAUUCAGCCCUUUUGUGAAAAUAGGAAUUCCAGAAAGGAAAGGUAACAUGAGAGCGCUGUGCAAGCCGCAGCGGGUAUGAGAUGGUCUUGUCUGUGUGAGCCCCGCCAUCAGGCUGACCCUUGGGAAGGUCAGGUUAGGGAGUAAACUGAGUUAUAUAAAUACCUUUGAAAAAUCAGGCCUUUCCUCUCUCUUCAAAUGUGUUGGGCAAAUCACAUGUUUAAAUUGGUUCUUGUAUUUAUUGGUUUUGCAAAAGUGCAUCAUCAUACACAGUAUUUGUAACUAAAGGAAAUAAUUUGUUUUUAAAAAAAGGCAGUUUGCAAAAAAUGUUUUUGGUCUUUUAUAAUUCUCAUUAAAAGAUUAUCUGGCAAAUUAAAAAAAAUCUUAAUGUGUUUACUUUAGCUCUAGGUUGGUUUGUUUUGUUUUGUUUUUUCCUGGAGCUGAGGACUGACUACAGGGCCAACACUUGCUAAGCAAGCACUCUCUCACUGGGCUACGUCCCUAACCUGUGGCUCUAAUAGAGCUCUUUGAUAAAGUCCAGAGGUGUUUUCCUGUAUUUAGAGCAGAAGAUUAGGAGAUUAUAUGCCACUGUUUUGAAGUAUGUUAGUUUUAUUCUGAAGCACAGAAAGGACUAGGUUUUCCCCCCAUUUGAUUCCCAUAAGGACAUUUAGAGUAUGCCUGAUUAAUGCUGAUCACUCUUUUCCUUUAUGAAAACUGAGUUUAUCAUCGUAGUUCCAGUGGUGGAGUUUGACUCCGCAGCCUGGCUGCCAAGUUCCUAUGCACUAGUUUACCUCUAUCCAACUUAACCAGCUGUCUGACCUUGGGCCUAGUUUCCUAUUGUGUUAAGUGGAGUUAAAUUAUGGUGAGUAUGUGAAGGGUUAAAUGAGACACUAGUACUUUACCCUGAAACAGUGCUUCCUACGACCUAAGUAUUCAGCCAGUGUGGAACACUGGAUUUUACCUUUAGUGUUGUGUUCCUAGUUAGGCACACAGCAGAAAUCUGUCAUUGAUAAUUUUGUAUUUUCCUAGUGGUACCCCAAGCUUAGAAAGUCAUUGAGAAUUAACUUGCAUUUUCCUUUUAUCCUAUUUCCAAUUCUGGAUUAUGGAGCUUGGUUCUGUUAGCCAUUUUCAGUACAAGUAAGCCUUCUAUUGAGUUGAUUGUCAUGUGCUUAUGUAGCUAUAUUUGGGGUGAAAGGGAAUAAUUUAGCCACAGAUUACAACCAGGUUUUUAUUUGCAUGAAAAUUUAGAAAAGCAGCUUGUGUGUGUGUUGAGACAAGGUCUUGCUACCCUGGGUGGCCCUGAAUUCUAUGCCUUACCUCAGCCUUUCCCCCACCCCCAGUUGAAUGCCACAAAGCAUUUCAGUGGUUGAAAAGCAACUGAGUGUAUGUUUGAGGGAAUGUCAUUUUGCAGUUUCACUGUAUUGUGCCCAGACUUUAACAUCUCAAAAGGCAUGGCCAUUAGAAAUCCAUACUCUCCUCCAUGAAAUCAGAGCUGACAUUUACUAGUUAAAUGCAUGAGCAUGUUCUUGUACACAUAUAUUUUGAGAUAUUGAUUGGUUAUUUCUGUAACCUUCACCACAUAACAAGAUCACCCUAGACUUUACCAUUUUGAUAGUGUUGGGAAGGCUGGCCAUGGUUCACGCUUGUAAUCUCAGGGCUUGGAGGCCAAGGCAGAACGCAAGGUUUUGAGGUCAACCUGCUCAACAUUCAAAAAUAGAAAAUAAUCAACCAAACAAAACUUGGACUUUUGUUGUUGUUGUUAUUGGGCUUAAACCUAGUGCCUCAGCAAAACUACUACAAGCAAGCAUUCAGUGGCUGAAUCCCUAGUAAAAACAUUUUUAGUAAUUUGACCACUCACUAUAUCUCAGCUAAUAAUUUUGCUGUUUAAUAUGUCAAGAUUUUUUAUUUUGCUACUUACAUAUUAGUCUGUAUGUUCUUAGUAUGUUUUGGGCAUUAAUAUUUGAAAAGUCGUGAUAUUUUUAUUGAUGCUCUCUGGGAGGCUUCAGUGGGACCCAGAAUUGUAAAGGAUUUUGUUUAUCUCCUGUUUUUGCUAAUUUUAGCAAGCGAAGGCAUAUUCUAUGUAUAUUUAGCAGCAGGUAAGGUUGACACAUUAACGUUUAUUAGCCAUUAAGUCUUCAUAUUCUUGAUUCCCACAGAUGAGAAAUGUAGCCACAUUUCUUUGUUCCCUUGAGAUUUGGCACACAAAAAUGAACUCUUGUCUUUACAUUGUAGAUAAUUUCUGUUGAUUGCUUUGACCCUUUUGGUGUCUUUCAGGAACUGUGGGGGAGGGUAUUGAGACAGGGUUUCUCUAUAGCUUUGGAGCCUGUCCUGGAAUUCACUCUGUAGACCAGGCUGG